CAUCAAGGACUUUCCAUCCAAGGCCCAAAAGUUUGUUACCCACGAUGAUGAAUGCUGACAUGGAUGCAGUUGAUGCUGAAAAUCAGGUGGAACUGGAGGAAAAAACACGACUUAUUAAUCAAGUGUUAGAACUCCAACAUACCCUUGAAGAUCUCUCUGCAAGAGUAGAUGCAGUUAAGGAAGAAAAUCUGAAGCUAAAAUCAGAAAACCAAGUUCUUGGACAAUAUAUAGAAAACCUCAUGUCAGCUUCUAGUGUUUUUCAAACAACUGACACAAAAAGCAAAAGAAAGUAAGAGGUUGCCAUCCUCUGGGUUUGAUGGAAUUGCUGCUGGGUUUUGUUUUGUUUUGUUUUCCUUUAAAACUUGGAUAGAUUCCAAAAGUUAUAGUAUCUUUGUUUGUGACUUCAUUGAGUAUUUAUGAAGAUAAUGGCACAUUUAGGCAAAAUUAAGAGCAUAACAGGAGACUUCUAUGAGUUUGUGUAUUAUCUUAGUCUAUGAAAAUGUGCAGAUGUAUUGUAGAGACUUUAUAAUUAGAAUUGCAUAUAUUUAUGAAAACUUGAAAAUGAAUG